AAGGCAAGGUACCUUACCUUAUUGGAGUCUGUCCCAUCCAACAAACAAUCACCCCGUUCAUCUGUGCAACCAAACGAGCAUGGGGAUGGAAGGCACGCCCCGUUCCAUCACUCAUUACCUCCUCCACUGAGCGACAGCACAGCACGGACGAAGCCCGCAGGCAUAUAUGGAAGGUCUGACCCAGCCCUGAUCAUCUCAGCCCUUGCGCCAUUCUUCCCCUAAGUUCAACCAUCAUCUUACCACAUCGCACACAAAACAAAUAAUCUCACGGCUUUCUUCUUCCUGCCAAAUCUCAGACAAGACCUACUGCUUCAACCAUCCAUCAAAAUUCACUCACUUGUCUCUCAAAAUAUCACACAACGUUAAGCAUCACUGCUGCCACCAAAUCACCCCAAGAACCACAUCUCUAUCAGCCAAGACUUUUGCAGUCACUUAUCAAGUCAAUUUGACCUCACAACAACCAGUUAUCCCCAACACACAAUCUACCCACAACAUGUCUGGUCAACUAGCCAUGCCGGUGCCAAUCUCGCCCGGCCGAAGCAGCCUGCAGAUUGUCACUCCCAAAGAUUUGUACGCCAGCUUGACCGAAAACAUCUCAUCAAAGCCGCCAUCGUUCCUCGCACUGAGGGAGCACGACUUUAUUGUCCCGGCACCUCCCCCACCAAGCCCCAUCAGCUUCCGAGUGCACCCAGACCAACGACCAAAGCCUCCGCGCUCAUGAUAAUGACGCCUUCGGACUGAAAACAAAAAGCUCUACAAGACAAAAAAAACUUGAAUCGGCGAGCCAUAAAAGUCGAGCUUUGCAAGGGAUUUCGCCAUGUGAAGGAGGCAAGGUCACGCCAAGGGAUGUAAAACAAGGAAACACAGGACUAGAUCGGUUCCCUAAAAAGAUUUCGGGAGCGUUGCGUUUGUAUUUUCUCACUUUCUAUUUUAAUCAAUUUUCCUUUGUCGUUUCCUUUUUGCCCCAUUCAGGGCCCAAAGAGUUGUAUCGUCCAUCAUGCGCAUUGUGACGAGAAUAUCGCAUUAGAAUCUGGCAUCGCAUUCCUGGUAGUGGAAUGUGGGUCAUAAUACAUAAGUGAAUUCGGCAUUCCAAA